AGAAAAUGGCAGCCGCUGACACAACUGAUAGUAUUUUACUAGAGGCUGGCUCUGACCCAGCCUUUAUGAAGCUCCAAGGAGACACUGCACCCUUAGAAUUACUAGCAGAGUUUCUGAGGUGUGUAAUGAGUGAGGAAUUUCCUGCUGCUAGAUUGCUCUGUCAGAAAGUUCUGUCUCUUGAGCCUGGAAACAAGACGGCUCAGGACUUUUUACCCUGUCUGGAAGAAAGAAUCCAGUUAGAUAAUGAAUUGGAGACAGAAUCAUCAUCCAGUGAAGAGAGUGAAGAUGAUGAUGAUGAUGAUGAUGAUGAUGAUGAUGACGGUGACAGCAAUGACAGUAGCUCAGAUGAAGGUUCAAAGGCUAAUGGAGUAGAUGAGCAUAAUGGUCAUCGUCAUUGUGGUUGUCAUGCUAGCGAUCAUCAAAGGGAUCAUUAACUGCUCUCACAGACUCCCUUGAUUAUUUGUUUACAUUAAAUCACCAUCAUUAGCUUGCA